GGCUUAGUCUGCGCGCGGGGCGAGAGCGCGGCGGACAGCAGUGUUGGCGCGCCGAGCGGAGGGACCUAGCAAAGGAGCCGCGCGGACGGAGCAGGGGCCCCACAGCUGCCCUCGAGGCGCGGCGUCGGAGAGGGCAGACGCUCGCCGCAGGUUCACGAGCGCCGCUUAUCCCCACAAUCUCGCUUUUCUGUUGGGAUCGAGGGGGCAGCAUGAGGGCGGCGCUGAUCCUCUGGAGCGUCCUUCUGGCCGCAGGUUGGCCCAUCCUGGCGAAGGCAGAAGAGCUUCGCGGGCUCAGGAAUGAAGUUUACCACGAGGAAGGCAGAGAGGACCUGGCAAGCGUCCAGUUACUUCCUGCCAGGGAGGCUUUGGAGCAUGAAGGAGAGAGAGGUGGAAGUGUGUCGACUGCAGGGGACAACUUCAGUGAACUCCCUCGAGCGGGACAGAAACAGCCCCCUGAGAUCUACAUCUGGUUUCUUUCAUCUGGGCUCCUGUCCAAACUUUUGGCCACUAUGAAGCCUACAUUGCUACAGAACCUGAGGCCUGUGUGGAAAGUUGCUUUCCUUUCCAAUCCACAAGAACCUGUGAGUCCAGUGAAGGAAGGGAAAGGGGAAAAAAGGAGGAAGGGCAAAGGAAGAAAGAGAGACCCCUGCCUGCGAAGAUACAAGGACUAUUGUAUUCACGGAGAAUGCAAAUAUAUCAAGGCAUUAAAAAGCGCACAUUGCAUAUGCGAAGAAGGGUACCACGGGGCGCGAUGCCACGCUCUUAGUCUUCCGGUGGAGAACCCCUCCCGCGGUUACAACCACACAACUAUACUGGCAGUCACAGCAGUGGUGCUGUCGUCUCUGUGUCUUAUCAUCAUUGCCGUGUUGCUGAUGCUCAGGUGUCACAAGCAAGGAGUGUAUGAUGUAGAGAGUGAAGAGAAGGUUAAACUGGGCAUCACCGUCAACCACUGAGAUCUCCUGAGAUUGCAAGGAUUCAGCACUGGAGCAGCUCUUAUUUCCACAAUUCAGUGGACAAACGUCUUCCCCCCCUCAAGACACAUUUCUAUCAUCAAAAGGGAGUUUGUAUGAGUGGAAGAGACUGUGUCAGAUCUUUGCUUUGUUGAAGAAGCAAUUCAUCCCCUCCAAAUAGGAAGAUCUUUCCGAGAGAGAGAGACUUUUCUCCACCGAGUGUUCGUUCCUGAAAUGUGGAGCCACAGCCUAAGGAGAAGAGUUGGACUUUGCCUUGGUAUCAUUGGAAAGAAACAUGUUUGCAAGAAGACAAUGCACCAGCAAGUUGGAUUCUUCAGGCAUCUGCUGAGGAUAUAACUGUGAAAGACUUGGACUGCUGAAGAAAUCUAACUUUGGAACUCUAUUCAAUGGUGGGGAGUGGGGCAGAAAGUAUUUAACAAGAUAUUUCUUUUUAAAUUAUAUAUUUAUUUUAGAUACAUUGUACAUAUUAUUUAUUUAGGCUUGAUCCUGUAGUUCUGUCAUCAAGUGGAGAGACAGAAGGAUUGUGCAGUGUAACAUUCUCUAAUAAAUAACCCUUUGUUAUAACUUGCUGUUACUUGAAUAUUAAUUUAGGGAAUAAUCAAUUAGAAUGGUUGCAAAAUGACAAUUUCUAAUCCUUAAAACACAACCUUUUUGCAGUGCCAUCAUGGAAAAA